AAAGCUUAAAAAUAUCGAUAUACUCGUAGAUGCUUCUCUCCAUCUCUAGCUGUUGUUUGCAAAAAAUUCUUCUAUCAAAAAAUAAAUAAAUAAUAUUUCUCAAAAUGCAGGAAGAUAGUUAUAGUACAACGCUUUGUCAGCUGGAAAAUGAAGAAUUGGAGAACACCGCUAUGAGCGCCGAAAACUAUCAACAGAUGCUGGCAAUUUAUCUCUACCUAAACAAUCUAGCUAAUGCCAAAAUGCUAUGGAUGCGCAUUCCCGACAAUUUGAAAGAUCAAAAUAAAGAACUAGCCCAAAUAAAUCUAUUGAAUAUCGCCUUGCAGCAUAGCAACUACUCGGAUUUCUUCAAACACAUGAAAUACGAGUGGUCAGAGCACAACAAAGCCAUUAUUAACGAUCUCUUGGUUAGUAAACGCGAGGAGCUGUUUAACUUGACGGCCAGUGCCUAUGUUUCAAUUUAUGAGCAAAACCUGAUGGAAAUGGCACAAAUGACUCCUGAAGAACUAAAGAGUGCUUGCUUCGAUUGGACACGUGAGCAAGAUGGGGAUAAAUAUAUUUUAAUACCGAAAAUAAGGGAAUCGGCUCCACGCGUGGCUAGCGAUGAUCAGCUGCUGAAAUUAACAGAAUUUGUAUCAUUUUUGGAGAAUUAAAAAAAGUAAACAUUAAAAUAAUCGAUGACACCUAUCAGAUGCA